AUGCAUCUUUCCAAAUCCGGGUUGGGAAACAAAAGUGUCGAGAAUGCCACGCCUUCCACCAGUUGGCGUCUUGGAUAUUCGGAAAUGAAAAAGUUAGGUCCCUUAUCAUUUAUACUCCCUCAGGUGGCAGUCUUAGACAUUCGUUCCUUUCGAGAAUAUCAUACAAGUCACAUAUGCUCUGCCUUAAAUUUGGGUGGGAAUCGAGCAUUCAAGCGGAGGCUCAUGGCUAGUUCGCACGCUCUGGGCCCGUUGUUAUCGCUGUUGGUCGGUGUAACUGUUGAAAACAUGCAUUCAUUUAAGAAGAUUGUUCUCUAUGACCAGUGCUCAGUGGAACGCCCUACUGGUUACUCUGACAAUUUCGCUCACUUUGUUAUUAAUGGGACUGCAGAAUUAUUCUCAAAUGCUGUUCUUCUUCAGGGCGGUUUUCUUGGGUUCCGUGCAGCAUAUCCACAACUCUGUUGGCAACAUCCAGACAAGCUUCCAGAUGAAGAGUUUGUCGGUGUGAAGGGAGAUUCAGGUCUAGAAAAUUUGCUACAGGAGUGCCUUUUCAAACGCUACCACGACGCUCCUUCAACCUCGCUCUCUCCAGGGGAUCGUUCGAGUGUCUCAACUCGUCAGCCCUCUUCGUGUUCCUCUUGUGGAUCCUCCUCUUCACACCGAAGCAGUGACUCUGGCGUUAUUCUCUCUACCGACCUUGCUGCAGAUAACGCACCUACUAUUAGCAGGAAAACUGUUUCCCGAGUCACCUCAGAUCCCACCACCGUAGUGACCUCCCUCUCCGUCGAUGACGUCAUCAUGGCCAGUUCAUGCCGUCGUCCCUUGCGCCUUCGACCGAAUACGCUAUCCCUCUGCUCUGCUUCCUAUUCCACCUCCACUUCUGUUACUACUUCCACCUGUAGCACACUUCUCGAUAACUCCUCUCACUGCCAUUUCGCAUCGUCCUACCGACUUCUCUCCCCCUCAAAUUCUGCCUCCGCUUCCACACUCCCACUGGCAUCUACCCAGCCCCCCCGACCGGCCUCCACUGUGAGCGCAGCUCUCAGUGCCGAGGCCUUCGAAUCGCCCCUGCCAACAGCAGUGCUUCCACAUAUGCUAAUCGGUUGCCAGGCGGACGCCAUGUCUGCGAAGGUGUGUGUCGAGUUUGGGGUGACGCAUGUGAUCAAUGUCUCCGCUGACGGCGAGAUCUCACCUCACGUGCCUCCCUCGCGGUUUCUCCGAAUCCCCAUCCAUGAUAAUGGGAAGGCUGACAUGGUGCCUUACUUUGAGAAGGCUUUUGCAUUUCUUGACUCAGCCAAGGACUGUAGCGGCCGCGUGCUUAUUCACUGUUUCGCGGGCAUUUCAAGGUCACCGACAUUGGCCAUCGCCUACCUGAUGUGCAACCAACGUAUCACCUUCGAUGAAGCGUACAAUCGUGUGAAGUCUAUGCGGCCGAAAAUCUCUCCAAACUUCAAUUUUAUCGGCCAGCUGACAGAUUUUGAGCGGCGCCUCAAUCUCCCCUCGCCGUCACAACCUCCUCCUCCCCCUCAGCUGCCUCCGGUAAUAAGCGUACAACCUCAUGUCCCUAUUCAGGCGGUAACUCCAUCAGGGUCAUCAGGGAGAAUAGACACCAACUCUGAAGUAGCUCCAAGAUUCAUUAACCACAUGACAUCAACAGCUGCUGUCCCAACAAAGACGUUGCCAUUGUCUGGAACGCCGGGCCCAUCGCGUCCAGUCACCCUUUCGCUUCGUCGACCUCUAAUGGGAGGAUGUUCAAAAAAGCGUGAUCGUUCACAGUAUCUCGCCCUCUACCCUCUGCCUGCAUUUGAGCAUUCUACACCAUCCGUCGAAAUUUCCGCUACCACCACAGCCGAUGCUCCCAUGUGCACAACUUUCACUUCCACUUCAGCAGCGACAACAAAUCCUGUAACCUUCGUAGGUCGACGGAAACGCAGUCGUUUCGGGCCUCUUCUUCCCUCUCCUUCGACUGCCAUCGCUAGCCUGGAUCUCUCCUCUCCAUCGGAGGAUUGUCCUCUGUCGCGUUUGAAGUCCACCUCACCACCGCCUCCGCCACCGUCCCCGCGUCCUCGUCGUCUUCGAAGGGGCAGUCAGCUUCGCGUUGAGGAGGCUCGACGCUUCUCUCUCUCCACCUUUUCCGAACUCCAAUUCGCAGGUGCUGCCUUAGCCGCCGCUGCUGCUGCCGCUGAAGCCCCUUCUAGCGACAUUGAUAUCGAAACCGACAUGGCCGCCUCUAAUCCCACCAUUAUCGGCGGUGGUGGUGGCCUGCAAAGUCCUAACGCCUCUACUCACCGUGGAGGUCAAAUUGGAUUUAAGCGCCUGAUGCUCGAGAUCUUAGUGAUGCUCCUUGCACGAACGCAAAUACAAUCUUGUGUAAUCGAACACGAAUCGUCCAGCAAAGAUACUGUGGAGUUUCGUAUGGUAAAGAUGAAUUGGAAAGAGCCGUUGGUCACUCAGAAGCACCGCAACAAUGUAUUGGCGGAGGGUCGCAUAUAUUUUAAUAGUUCAAAGGAAGCUGCCUGA